AUGAUGUGUGCUAUUGUUCUGUUUUCUAAGGUUGCGAGGGAUGCUGAUUUAGGAUUGUCACGCAGGAGACAAGCAAUGGGCAAGCCUGCCUUACUGGGAUUUCUCUUUGGUUUCUGCUUUGCUGCCCUCGCUGGUAGCAGUGCCUGUCCCAAGCUCUGUGCCUGCUACGUACCAACUGAAGUACAUUGCACUUUCCGAUAUUUCUCCUCCAUCCCACCGCAGAUUUCCCAAGAAGUGGAACGCAUCAAUUUAGGUUACAACAGUUUGGUUAAACUGACUGAAACAGAUUUUUCUGGCCUGGAGAAGCUGGAGUUGUUGAUGUUGCACAGUAAUCAGAUACAUACAAUCCAGGACAGGACAUUCUCUGAUUUACGUUCGUUGCAGAUCUUAAAAAUGAGCUAUAACAGAGUGAAAGUUGUUCAAGCAGAUACUUUUCAUGGUCUCACAAGUUUGGUACGUUUGCACAUGGAUCAUAAUCAAAUCGAAUUUGUAAGCCCCAAAGCUUUCUAUGGUCUUACAUCACUGAGGCUGGUCCACUUGGAAGGAAAUGUACUUAAACAACUUCACCCAGACACUUUUGUCACCUUACGCUACAUCCGAAUAUUCAAAACGUCCUCCAUAAAGCAUAUCUACUUGUCUGACAACUUCCUUACUUCACUGCCACAAGAUAUUUUCUCUUACAUGUCUGAGCUAGAGAGCCUCUAUCUUCAUGGAAACCCCUGGACUUGCGAUUGUGCACUGAAGUGGUUUGCUGAGUGGGCAGAACAUCAUAAAGAUGUUGUAAAGUGCAAAAAAGACAGAGGCCCUUCUGGAACUCUGCAAUGUCCAUUGUGUUCCAGUCCCAAGAAUUGCAAAGACAAACCGUUUGUGGAGAUUCCAUCUCCAGAUUUCAAUUGUGUUAAACCAACCAUUGACCCAGUCUUAAAAUUCAAGAACAUUACUGUGCCAGAUGAUGGUGACUUCACUAUAGUCUCUUCCAAGGAUUUUAUUGCUCCCAUAGGAUCUAUCAUGUUAAACAUGACAGACCAAGCAGGGAAUCAAGCCAGCUUGGUUUGCAGUGUGCAAAAGCCUACAAAGAUGCCCCCUGUCCAGCUUGAAAAAAAUGACAACACAGUACUUGAGGCAUCCUUAUCAACAUUUCUCGUGUGCAGCAUCGACUAUGAGCACAUUCAGCAACUGUGGAGCAUACUGGCCCUGUACAGUGAUUCCCCAUUAAGACUGAAAAGGGAUCUCUUACUGACAAAAGUGCCUUAUAUCAGUUACAAAUACAAGCAGAUGGAUUCUGAAAAUGAAGACAUUUUCACAAAUAUAGAAGCCGAAAUGAGAGCUGAACCUGCUUGGCUGAUGCAGGGCCUUGUUUCAUUGCAAUUAGACAGGACAGCAACCACACUCAACACUUUGCACAUUCAAUAUUCAGUGGAUGCUCGAAUCACCCUUCCAGUUAUUGCUUCCCCAACUAAAAUACAAAAUUGGGCUCUGAUGUUAAGAGUCAAUAGUACAAGGACUGAACACACUGUUUUGGCAGGCCAGUCUGUGGAACUGGACUGUCAGGCACUGGGUGAUCCUACUCCUAUAAUUGAAUGGGUAUUGCCCGAUGGUAGCAAAGUUAGAGCCCCAUAUGUUAGUGAAGAUGGGAGAAUUGUGAUAGCAAAAACUGGCAAGUUUAUAUUACGCACAGCUGAUAACUUUGACACUGGAGUUUAUCACUGUAUAGGAACCAAUUAUGACGAUGCAGAUGUCCUGUCUUUUAGGAUUACUGUGAUUGACCCUUAUAUGGAACACAACUAUGUAAACGGACGUCAGCUGUCAGCAUUUUUAGGUGAAACGUUAUUCCUUCCGUGCCAGUCUGUGGGUGUCCCAGAUGCAUCUGUCAAUUGGGUCUUACCCGAGCAUGUAGUUCUUCAUGAUUCUUCAAGGACCAAAAAACUUUUUCACAAUGGUACGUUAAAAAUACAGCUGACAAAUGACCGUGACGGUGGCUACUACAAGUGUAUAGCAGCCAAUCAGUAUGGUGUUGAUUUUUUGGUACAUGAAGUACUAGUUAAAAAAAAUUCAAGCAGGUCACAAAAACUAGAGGAUCAUGAAGAGGCAGCCGAAGGCUCAGGCAAUGGAGAACUUGAUAUUAUUGCCAGAACACAAAGCCCUCCUUCUGCAGUGCCUCACGAAGCAGCCAGACGGACAGCUACUGAAGUUUUGCUUACAAACCAUCCCAAGCUGAAGAGAACUAAUAUUAAAUACAGAGAAAUUUAUAAGCACAACAGGGACAAGAUGACCAGACGGUUUCGAGGACACAGAAAACAAUUCAGUCCUUCCACCAGGAGAAUCGAUCCAUUGCGUUGGGCAGCAUUUUUAGAAAAAACAAAGAAUAUCACACUGCCAAGAAAACAUGAAAAUGCCAUGACAAAGCCAACGGUGAAAGUCCUUCUGUCCUCAAAGACUUCAGAAAAUGAAAGGGAGCUGUCUGGAGAAAUACCUCCAGAGGAAGAAUUUCUGCUACUAGUGACUAAAAGACCUGCAAUGUACAUGCUGGGGGAAGCAUCAGGAAGUGUAGUGACAGCAGAACCUGGAAGUAUAUCAAGUAAUUUCCACUCUACGGCAGCAUUUGGCAUAGCCAUGGAAACUGUAACUCCAUUAGGCACUCCGAUGGUUACUCAUUCUGAGGGGUUAAGAAGCCAGGAGUCAUAUACAGAACUUAAGCCUGAAGUUACCAGAGGAUCUUUAGAAGCAUUGCAACCAGCACCUACUAGUAUGGGAUCAUCAAGUCCAUCAUCUUACCUGCCUAGUAAUGCAACAGACCUACUGAACACUUUCCCUUCCAGGGAAAAUGAUUUGCACUUAAAAAUGACACCAACAGUAACACCAGCCAUGCAGAUUACUAGGAAUACCAGCCCUGUGACUUCCCAUCGUGUUACUAAAAAGACAAAUUUAUUUGUAGAAUCCACUGAUAAAACAUCAAGAAAAUCAAAUCAUCAGACCUCUGUAGUGACAGUAACGGCACCAGAUGAUCUAUUUGGACAUAUUUAUGUUUACAGUUCUCAAAAAAUAACAACCCCGCAGUUGCCUGCAGGCUCAACCAUUGUUACUCAUCAGCGGAUUAAGAUAGUUAGGGAUACUACACCUCGUGUUCCCCUCUCCAGACGAUAUGGCAGACGGAAGAAGACCUUUGCUAGAAGACGAAUAGUUAGACCUGAUCAUAUUCCAAACAAGGCAGGACACAGAUUUGCUUUUAUUCAGCCAAGAAUUGCUAAAGAAAGUACAACGCUGCCUCCUCCUGUAAAAGUGAACACUUCUACCUUGACUCCGCCAAACAAAUCCCACGAAAACGUUACAUUCCAAGUACCUAUUGCCUCUUCAUUUAGAACACAUCAUCCUGAAGCAACAACUGUAAAUCCAAUCGUGACAAUCUCUUUCAAUCCAGGAAACAAGCCUGUCACAGCUGAAGAGCAUACAACUUCCACCGCAAUUCCCUUCUAUCCUGAAAAUACCCAAAUUGUACCACAAAGACAAGGGGAAACUUCUGUUCCAUUACAUACAAUUACUGAUACAUAUUCAUCAUUUAGCAGUAGUUUGCCAGUGGAGACCAUCCAUACCCCUAGUGUUGCCCUGGAAUCUACAUUUACCACAGGCCGUGCUUCACUUUCAAAUAUUAAAUCCAUUCAUCCUACUCUUAGUGCACACUUAUCUCCCAGUGUUUCUGCAGGGAAAAUUUUUUGGCAUGUUCCAAAUUUCUUUCGAAGUAACCAUUUUCAAAAAGAACUAUUGGAAAAGCAACCCAGACUGAGGACAAGUGAAGAACCCUCACCCAAAGAACCUGUUACAUCUUCCCAAACUACAGGAACGAUACCAACUUUAAGAAGUUUGCCAGUACAUGUAACUGCUGUUUCAAAACAGGAGAACCAAACUGAUGGUCUCAGAAAUCUCAUCCUCCCCGUAAGUGACAGCACUGGGCUUGAAGAGCAUGCUCCCACUCGACCACUCAACGUUACAGAAUCACCAACUUUAGCCUCUCUCCCCAGUCUGGCAGCUCCUUUAAGCAAGGACAUUCAUGGCACAAGCAUCAAGCCAGUUCUGACUCCACCGACUGCUGUUCAUGUUAAAACAAAAGUUUCUAGAAUCAGAGUGCUAAGACCUGGAAGGAGAAAUCAAAGGAGGAAGAGGCCUCUGAGACGGUUAAUGCCUCCACAGAAAAACAUUACUGUCAAUGCUUAUUUGUCCAAAGGAACUGGGGCUUCACCUAGUUUAGCAGCAGAUAAAAAGGUAACCGAGUCCAUUCUGCCGAAAUCCACUGAACUACAUUCUAGAUACAGUGGUAGAAACAUACUAGCAACUACUCUACAACUCCCAAUUCUCCACACAGCCAGUACAAUCAGAGGUACCUCCACAAGCGCCCCUCAGCUAUUAACAAGGAAUACCACGGCUGAAAAUUUUCUCUCUACUAAGCUACCAGUGUACAGUGGACCUUCUCAAAAACCUGCCAUUGCAAUCCCUCUCACACUAUCAUCCUUGAAUAUUUCAAGCAUUACCACAGUACUAUCAGCCACAUCCUUGUUAACACCGGAGUCUACCGAGCUAACACAGACAACAUCUGUAGCAAAUAAGGAAUUAUACCAAAACACAAGAAGAAUACCUGCCUACAAAAAGCUCACAACAGAAGCAGCCCUUUCUGCUACAGCUGAACUAAGUACCAAAUCUCCCAGUGAUGCAGUAUUUCCCAUAACACAGCAGCGAAGCCAAUUAACAUCCCAAACAUUAGUCACGCCCGUCACACAGAUCAUUUCAUCUCCCAGGUUGAGGGGGAAGUUCUGGCACUCUGAACUUGCAGAAAGUGGCAAAACUUUCCUGGUUAACACUUUGACUAUAUUGAACUCUCUACAGAGCUUCACUCAGCAUACUCCCAUCUGGGAAGAAAAAAAAAACAAUUUUCUUAGAAGUUGGUCUGAUAAGACAGCUAACCAGGAAACCACAACCGCCAAUUUGGUUGGCCUAGAAUCUUUCUAUCACAGCAGGCUAGCCAAACCCAGGAUAAUUGGAGGGAAACUUGCAGCAUUUACUGUCCUGGCUAAUUCAGAUGCCUUCAUCCCUUGUGAAGCCACUGGUAACCCUCGGCCAACAAUACACUGGACCAAAAUAUCAUCAGAGGCUGAAGCCCUGAAACAAAAACGUGAAAACAGAUUUGAGGUCCUUCGUAAUGGAACUCUCUCCAUUGAGAACGUGAGCAUCCAGGACCGUGGACAGUACCUGUGUGUGGCUGCCAACCAGCAUGGCUCCGACAGGCUUCUGAUCACGUUGUCUGUGGUGGCCUAUCCACCUAGAAUCCUGGGAGGAAGGUCAAAGAUUAUUACUGUUCAUUCUGGCAAGCCAGUGUCCAUGAAGUGUACAACGGAAGGCCGUCCCACCCCUACCAUUUCCUGGAUCCUUGCUAACAAAACAUACAUCUCAGACUCUUCUGUGGGUAACAAGGUGGCUUUUGUGCAAGCAGAUGGCACGUUGAUGAUGAAGAAAGUCAGCGUGUAUGACAGAGGACUUUACACCUGCAUGGCAAGUAAUCCUGCAGGUUCAGAUACAAUGACAAUAAGGCUGCAAGUAAUUGCUGCCCCACCCAUUAUCCUGGAAGAAAAGAGACAGCACGUACUAGUGAGUGUGGGGGAAAGCUUGAAGCUUCCUUGCUCUGUUGAAGGAAGCCCUCAUCCAAAUGUUCACUGGGUCCUGUUUGAUGGAACUGUAGUGAAGCCCUUGCAGUAUAUAAAUGGUAAGCUUUUCCUAUUCCCUAAUGGAACCCUUUACCUCAGGAAUGUCGCUGUGUCUGACAGAGGAAAGUAUGAAUGUAUAGCUACCAGCUCCACUGGAUCUGAGAGGAGAGUGGUAAUUCUUCAGGUGGAACAUAGCGAUACAAUCCCUAGAAUUGCAGCUGCAUCUCAAAGACUGACUCAACUCAAUUUUGGAGACAGGCUGCUUCUGAAUUGCUCAGCUGUGGGAGAGCCAAAACCCAGAAUAAUUUGGAGAUUACCUUCCAAAGCUGUUGUUGACCAAUGGCACAGAAUGGGAAGUCGAAUCCAUGUACAUCCCAAUGGGUCCCUGGUUAUUGAUGCCAUCACAGAAAAAGAUGCAGGCAAUUAUUUAUGUGUAGCAAGAAACAAGAUGGGUGAUGACCUGAUCCUUAUGAAAGUUAGUGUGACAAUGAAACCUGCAAAAAUUGACCAGAAGCAGUAUUUUAAGAAACUGGUGCCUUAUGGAAAAGAUUUCAAAGUGGACUGUAAAGCUUCUGGGUCACCUGAACCAGAGAUAUCUUGGAGUCUGCCAGAUGGCACAGUGAUCAACAACGUGAUGCAAGCAGAUGACAGUGGGCAUAGGUCUCGGAGGUACAUUCUGUUCGACAACGGAACACUCUACCUCAACAAGGUUGGAAUAGCGGAAGAAGGGGACUACACAUGCUAUGCUCAGAAUACUCUUGGAAAAGACGAGAUGAAAGUACACAUAACAGUAGUAGCAGCUGCACCUCGUAUCAAGCAGAACGCUAAGACCUAUUCAAAGGUGAAAGCUGGAGAUACGGCAACAUUUGACUGCGAAGCCAUUGGACAGCCUAAGCCAAAGAUAUUUUGGCUGCUCCCUUCUAGUGACAUGAUUUCCGCUUCAAACAAUAGGUAUUUUCUGCAUGUUAAUGGAUCAUUGUCUGUCACUAAGGUGAGGUUGUUAGAUGCUGGAGAAUACAUAUGUGUUGCACGCAACUCUGGUGGAGACGAUACAAAGCUGUAUAAACUAGAUGUGGUCUCCAAACCACCUCUUAUCAAUGGCUUGUUUACAAACAAGACUGUCAUCAAAACCACAGCCAUAAAGUAUUCAAAGAAGCAAAUAGACUGUAGAGCUGAAGGAACACCCCCUCCCCAAAUCAUGUGGAUCAUGCCUGACAAUAUUUUCUUAACAGCCCCAUUCUAUGGGAGCAGAAUAACAGUACACAAUAAUGGGACUCUUGACAUUCGUAAUGUAAGAUCUUCAGAUACAGCCGAGUUUAUCUGUGUGGCUCGUAAUGAUGGGGGAGAAAGCAUAUUAGUGGUCCAGCUGGAGGUGCUAGAGAUGCUACGACGUCCAGUGUUUAAAAAUCCUUUUAAUGAGAAAGUAGUAGCAAAGGCUGGGAAAACAACCUUAUUGAAUUGUUCUGUAGAUGGCAACCCUCCUCCUGAAAUAAUCUGGAUGUUACCAAAUGGUACACGGCUCUUCAGGGGUGUCAGAACACUUCAGUACUACUUGGGAAGCAAUGGCACUCUCAUUGUCUAUAGCCCUUCUAAAGCUGAUGCAGGCAAAUAUCGGUGUGCAGCUAAAAACAAGGUUGGCUACAUUGAAAAGUUGAUUGUGCUAGAAGUUGGCCAGAAACCAACCAUUUUUACCCCCUCAGGAGGAGCAAUAAAGAGUAUUAGUGGGGAAUCAGUAUCUCUUCACUGUCUCGCUGCAGGGAAUCCCAAGCCAAGCAUCAUAUGGACAGCACCUAGUGGCUCUGUCCUAGAUCGACCUCAGAUUAAUGGAAGAUACACAUUAAUGGAAAAUGGUACUUUAGUUAUCAGAGAAACGACGAUUCAUGACAGAGGAAGUUAUGUGUGCAAAGCUCAGAACUAUGCUGGGGAUUCAUCGAUAGUGGUUUUUGUAAUGGUUAUAGCACAUCCACCACGGAUUACAAACAGACCGCCAAGAAAUAUACGUACUGUGGCUGGGGUAUCAGUUCAGCUUAAUUGCAUGGCAUUGGGAAUACCAAAUCCAGAAAUUACAUGGGAACUGCCCGACCACUCACUGCUUUCCACAGGCAGCAAAGGCAGACCAUCUGGAAGUGAACUUCUUCAUCCACAAGGAACGUUAAUCAUUCAGAAUCCAAGAUCUUCAGAUUCUGGCAUAUAUAAGUGUAUGGCUAAGAACCAGCUUGGCACCGAUUCCACAGUAACAUUUGUUCAAGUCAUCUGAAAUAAGAAAUAAUACUCUGAACAAUUGAUAACAAUAGUCUAAUCUGGACACAGUUUGAUUUCUGAAAACAUUUAAUCAAAAACAGAAUCCUAUCAGUCUCAAUACAGUUUUGAUUUUCAGUUGACAAGAGAUGAGCUAAGAGACAGGUACAUUUGGGGGUGGGAGGGAAAUGUAUUAUGAACUAUUUUUAAUUUCACAGAAAUUUUCAAAAAUCCUUAAGGCACUUAAUUUUGCCAUCACAGCAACAAUGAAUACCAACAUGGAACUACUUUACUUAAAAAUAUUUGUAAUAUAAUGAAGUGUUUAGUAUAAAGGUGGACGUUUUAAAAAUGCUUAUUUCCUGUUUGAUAGAAGUAUAACAUGGCACACACUGCAAAAAUAUGCAAAAGUAUGUAAAAAGAUCAAAUGUGUUUGCCAGUUGUUCCCCUAUGGACAUGUGUGAAUAUUUUGUAGUACUUUUACAAACAUUUUAACACAGCAAAACAUGCUGACUUAUUUGUAUACUAACAGUUUGUUCUUUUACAUGAAAGUCCUUUUUUGUGGGACAGUGGAAGAACCAAUGGAAAAUAGUUUAAUUACAUGGAUUUUUUUUAAAAAAGACACAAUAUGGAUUAUUUUUCUAAAAUAAAGAACCACCAAAUAUGCUUAUGAGGAAGUGUAGCUGUGUACCACAUUCUUAUUGCCAAAAAUUUAGCAGCUAAACUUUUUACAUUUUAAGAAAGGAUCUUAAAAUCUGGACCAUUUGUUAUAAUGCAUGUAUUUUUUUUGAAGUUGCUGGGAAACAAAAACUGAAAUAACAUCAUUUGAUUUCUAUAUCGCCCUUCAGGACAACCUAACACCCACUCAGAGCAGUUUACAAAGUAUGUUAUUAUCCUCAUGACAAUCACCCGGUGAGGUGGGUGGGGCUGAGAGGGCUCCUAGAAGCUGCUGGU